UAUAUUGCUCGCCAUUUCUUUGGCCCCAAAUAUUGAAACCUACCACUCAAUAUAUUGUUUCCGGCUUUAAGGUUUUGUCAGUAUGAGAAAGUGCUGUUCGAACUUGAAGCUGUCGUUGUCUUCGUAGUUUGGCGGUGUUAAAAAGAGUUGUUCCAGCUUACAACAUCGCCGUCUUCAUUGAUUCGUUGAAGAUGGCAGAUGAAGGCAACGAAAAUUCGAAAGAGGUUGAUGAUGUCAUUCUAUUAGAAGAAGAAAAUGACAACAAUUUGGAUAGUGCAAACUUCGUGGAUGAUGGAAUUGUAGGAGUAGACAGUGUGAUUGUGCCCGAGGUUGGUAUGAAGUUCAAUGAUGAAACGGAAAUGUUUAAUUUCUACAAGAAAUAUGCGUAUGAUGUAGGAUUUCCAGUUAGAAAAAGAAAUUCACAAAAGGAUGAUAAUGGAAUUAUCAGAUAUGUGGUGUUUAAAUGUAGUCGUGAAGGUCGAAGAAGUAGUACUACAAGUGGUUCUUUAAAGCCGCAAGCUACCAUUCAGAUAGGCUGCAAAGCUAGGAUGACUGCGUCUAUAGAUGCAUGUUGAGUAUGGAGGAUUAACACAGUCAAUCUCAUUCACAACCAUAAAACAAGUCCUUCCAAAUUCAGGUUAUAUCGUUAUAAUCGAGAAUUGAGUGUCCAUGUUAAACGACGGCUUGAAGUGAAUGAUGUGGCAGGGAUUUCAUUGCACAAAAGUUACAACUCCGCAGUCGUAGAAGCAAGGCGUACGAGAAUAUGACUUGCAUAGAAAAAAAAUUGUCGAAACUAUGUUGAACAAGUGAGGCGGUUGAGACUUGGAGAAGGAGACUAAUAUGAUCCCGGGUGCACCAUCAAUUUCCAAGAAUUCAUUAAUUGAUUGGAGAAGGUCAAAGUCAAGAACUGAGCCAAGUCGAGAAUUCGAAGUAGCUAAUAAAAUUGGUCACUUAUGUAUUCGAGCAACGAAGUCUAAAACCAUGAAGUUCACGUGUCAAGGAGUAAAUUUGAUGAAGGGGUCGAAGCCUAAUUCAAUUAGGAUUAACUUGAUAAUUGCAGCCGAAGACAGAGCCAAAAUCAAAGGUUGUGCGACCGCACAGCUUCCAACCCUUGCGGUUGCAUAGGAGCAAACAGGGAAUUUUUCGACAGCAUUCGGAACAACCAUGCGACCGCACUAAAUUGUGCCAUGCGGUCGCAUAGCACUAAACAGAGGCGAAACCUUUCAUUUUCUCGCGAAGUGCUUUAAUUGGUUGAAUUUCUUAUUUUUGGAAACUCUAAUAUUAUUAGGACUUUAGCACAUGAUUUUUUUCCAUAUUUUAG